UGCGGCUGCCUGUCUUGAGAUUCAAUACUCACGAAAGUGGCCUGAUUAUGAGUUCAUCGAUUUGUCCGAGCAGGAAAUGUCUUGUGUAUAUCCGAAUAAGAAAACGAUCUGCAAGGGCGGCUCUCCGACUAACGCUUUCUACCAUUAUAUGAGAGGAAAAGGAAUCGGUUUUGAGGAGGAUUGGCCCUAUAAUCCAUAUGGAGAUCAAACUUGUUACACGGAGGAGUUUUUGAUGUGGAUUGUGAUGCGAAUACAAAUUUGGGAGGGCAUGCUAUGGUUAUCAUUGGCUAUGGUACUGAAGGCGGAUGGCCGUAUUGGAUUU